AUGAAGCUCUUUGUCCACACCCAGGAACUAUACACUCUCCAGGUGACUGGCCAAGAGUCGCUCGCCCAGAUCAAGGCUCAUGUAGCCUUGUCGGAGACCGGCCACAUGCUUGGAGGUAAAGUCCAUGGAUCUCUGGCCUGUGCUGGUAAAGUAAGAGGUCAGACUUCCAAGGUGGCCAAACAAGAGAAAAAGAGCACUGGCCGGGCCAAGAGGCAUUACACAGUACAAUCAGGGCUUUGUCAAGGUUGCACCCACCUUUGGCAAGAAGGGCCCCAAUGCCAGUUCUUGA